AUGUGCGGGGGGGGGGCGGCGCGGCGACGGGCGUGUGUGCGCAGGGCGGGGCCGGGGGCGUGCCGGCCCGCCCCCCCGCGCCCGCCGCGCUCGGCGCCGUCGCUCGCCCAGCUCACUCCGCGCUCGCGAGCCGUCUGUGUCGCACGUAUACACGCGCGAUAUCUACCAGUGCCGUGCAGUGAUACCGAACUUCGCCGUCUCGAG